UCAAUAAAGUAGCCGAACAAAUAUCUGCCUUUAUUUAGAAAGGAUUGCGCAGGAAACUUGGAACUCGCUACUUCCGGUCGGCUUGCCGCAGGAUCCUCGUUUCCAUGGCGACCACCAACAGCUAGCCUAGCCACGUUAGCUGUCAGCUAGCCAUAACGGACCGUUUUAUCGUUAACAUUAUUCCGGUGAAGUAAGAUGUUCGCCCCGGCCGAGCCCCACGUCCCCCGGGGCGACUCGGACCCGUUGUUCACCGUGUUUGACGGCUCUUCCCCCGCGGACGCGUCCCACGCACGGCUGCUGUGGAGCUCGCUGUCCCUCCUCCCGCCGCUGGAGUCCGUCGACAUCCGACAGAGGCUGCCGGUGCCCCGGCCGCCGCGCGACCCCGGCAGCACCCGGGCCGAGCGGCCCGCCCCCCCGCCAACGCCGGGCUUGGAGCCCGCUCUGCGGCUGGAGGAGCGGCGGCGGUACGCGGCCAUGGCCGACCAGAGGCGGGAGACGUUGGCUCGGCUGCGCCGGCAGCGGGAGCAGAGGCUCCGGAAGGAGAUGAUCGGCCCGAAGCGGAGGCUCGGCGGCGGGGAGAGAAACGCGACGCCGCGGGGCCCUGAGCCCUCUGAGGCGGACGCAGAGCUAGUGAAGCAGCUGCAGUCCGUCAUUUCUUAAGUUUCUUUCGUUUCAUGCGUUGAGGAAAAACACCUGAACCCUGUGACUCUUAUUUGUGUUGUAAUGUGCAAAUUAAACAUAAAAUACAUUUAAGGCUGAUGGGAUUUGAACAAAUGUAAUAAAAAGUCCAGAUGGUCAUCAAAGUAAUUUGUAUUACUGGCCACAAUUAAAGAGAAUCAACAUGAAACUUCACCACUGUAUCACUACAUUUAGAGGAGCAUUUAUUGUUUUACAAGUUUACUGAAUAAAUAUGCAAAUUAGGCAUUAUGUGAUAGUGAAUUUAAGAUAAAUCUGCUAGCCACAGAUAGACUUCUGUUUUAAAAGUCUUUAAAUGUAAGUUUUCUUUCCACUAGUCUGAAAGAAGAGA